CAUUCUAACUUCGUUAUGAGUUGCAUAACACAGAGAGAAUUUUACAGUAGAAAAUAUUUACAACGACCAAAAGGAGCUAUUCCACAGAUCUGGUACAGUCAAGUCCGUCAUGGUCAUAAGUUUAGAACAAAGAAACCACGGCCAAAGCCAAUGGAGCGGCGGAUAUUUGAAGCAGUCACUGCACCAGUUAUAGAAAAGCCAAUGCCUUAUUUGAGAUUUUCAUGCCGGGAUCCAGCAACCUCACAAGUUAAAGAGGAAAAUCCAUAUGAGCAGUUUCUAAUCCGUCAGUUGAGGAAGACAGUGGAACAGAGUGAAAUGAUUAUCAUAUGUCACCGAUUACCGUGUAGUUCUGUACGCCUCCGUGAGAUCAAAAUUGAUUUGAAACUGAAAGAUCUGUAUAUGCAUGUACUAAAUAACACACAUAUGGGGGAGAUAAUAAAGGAUACAGAAAAGGCAAAUCUUUCUUACCUGCUUACUGGGGACAGCAUCAUGAUAACCUCUAAAGAUGUCAAAAUUAAAGAAGUCUGGAAUGUGCUGAGGAAAUGUUCAGAAAUUGUUCCUUUGGGUGGGUAUGUUAAAAAUAGACUGAUUACCAAACAACAGAUACAGGAGCUGAGUAAAUUACCAUCUAUAGAACUACAGUUAGGAGAACUUGUCUCUAUUUUAAACCUUAUUGGUGGGGCAAGGACCUCCUCCCUGCUUUCUUCUCAUCAACAAACAUUGUCAGCCACUCUCCAACAGUAUCACAAACAGGAAAGUGAGAAUUCUUAGCAUAAAUGACAGUGUGAAGUGAAAGAAAAGUGCUCGGUCUUUACAUACAUACAGAAUUCUUACCAUCAUGUUGUCAACAAUUUCUUUAAAAACAGAAUUCUAGGCAUAACCUGUUAACAACAAGAAGCAGAAAAGUGAGAUUUGUGUAAAAACUGUUGUCUUAUCAGAAAAGUAAGAAUUCUUACAUAAAUGGCAACGCGAAGUAACAGACAGCAAAGAUUUUUAGCAUAAAUGACAGUGUGAAGUAAAAGAAAGCAAAGAUUCUUAGCAUAUCUGAGAAUGUGAAGUGACAGAAAAGUGAUCGGUCUUUACAUACAUGCAGAAUUCUUUAAUACUAUCAUGUUGUCAACAAUUACGUUAAAAACAGAGAAUUCUUGGCAUAAGCUGUGAACAUCAAGAAGCGGGAGAUUUAUGUAAAAACUGUUAUCGUAUCAGAAAAAUGAGAAUUCUUACCCUAAAUUACAAUGCUAAGUAACAGUAGCAUAAAUGACUAUUUGAUUUAACAGCAAAGAUUCUUAGCAUAAAUAACAAUGUGACGUAACAGAUAGCAAAGCUUCUUCGCGUCAUAUUAUGUUAUUCAUUGCUGUGUAGUUUGAAAAAUGUUUUAUUAAUGUUAAUAAAUAUUGACUUCAAAAGUUGAGCAUUUCAUUUUAGCUU